AUGUUCCCCUUCAUCUACUUCGUAGAGAAUGGUCCUAGUAUGAGCUUAAUCAUCUGGACCUCUGUGAGCGUCUCCGUAGGACUCCUCGCUGUCUUGUACUCUUGGUUGAGAAAAUCUGAUGGCUUCCAUUACCUUCCUGGUAUACCUUUCAUUGGACCACCGUCUUUCUUCACACAACGCGAAAACUUCCUUAACAUGGCUAUCUCGGCCAACCGUGCUGGAAAUACAUCCAAAUUUCUUAUACGCGGCCAAGAAAUAAUCAUUGCCACCGGGAAACAACCUCGAAAGAUAUUUUAUGGAACUAGGUCCUUUUGUGUCUCGGAGGGCUACCAAGUUCUUUGGGGUCAAGCUUCUAGUCUUGAUGUAGCAAUUCAGCAAAGCUCGUUCAAUCACAAGUACUCUGCCUUUUUCUUGAAAAGGCUCCAAAUGCUUUUGCAUCGAGAUCGUCUCCAGAAAGUCAUUCCUGAACUUUUCUCCGACCUACAGACUCACAUGAGUUCAUGGCCUCGAUCUGGCCGCAUCGACCCGUUCACAAGUGUCUACAAUCUCGUCUUUCAUCUGACCAUACGUACAUUAGGUGCCACCGAACUCGCCGAUGAUCUCGUUACUGUGGAGAAACUUGCUGAGCUCUUCUGGAACUCGGAAAACGAGUUCAGCUUUAUUCAUGCUGUUGUACCUUGGAUUCCAUCCCGUGCCAAAAAAAACAGGGACAAAGCUAUUAGCGCACUUUAUGAAAUCUUCGCUGAUACCAUCAACAAAAGGAAGGCUGAACAAAGAUCUGAAAAUGAUGCCGUGCAACUUAUGCUGGACCAGGGUGACACCGUUAAUGAAAUUGCCCCGUUCCUGAUGUGGGCAAUUUUUAUUGGCACUAAUACGACUGGUAUAGUCGUGUGUUGGAUCCUAAUGUACCUCAAAACUCACCCUGAAUGGGACGCCAAGGUCCGCGAAGAGUUCCAAACACUGCUCAAUGAAUACAGCACGGACUCUACUGUUCCUAUGUAUGCUCGCCUUUCGCAAAUCCCUUUGGAUGCAUGGGAAGGCUCGUCGCCUGUGAUGGAAGCCAUCAUUACUGAAACGGUUCGAAUGGCUAUGAGUGUACCUACCAUGCGUCGCAAUUUGGGCGAAGAUAUUGAAGUAAAUGGCCUGAGAGUCAAGCGUGGCGAUUUCAUGUUGUACCCUAUGGGAGCUGAGAACCUCAACCCUGACAAUUAUCCUGACCCGUUGAAGUGGGACCCCGCACGGUGGGCUGAUCCGACGAAACUAGAUCGAGAGCGGUCACAAUGGACGUAUCUGGGUUGGGGUGCUGGUCUACACCCUUGCCAUGGUAUGCGGGGUGCAAAGCUUCACCUGAAAAUCACCACAGCUCUUUUCCUUCCCUCAUUCGAAUAUUCGCGCGUUGACAAGAAUGACAAUACCUUCCACAGCAUUCCUGAGAUCAAUUACAGCGAUGCGCGUCGUUUCUCACCCAAGGGUGAGGGUCGCUACUUGCACUAUAAGAAGACAGCGGGAAUAUAG